AUGGCUAAACGAAUACAUCUUCCCCACCGCAAAGCCACACGUUUGAUUCUUCCGUCCUUUCUCAUGAUCGCUGGUUUGACGAUAUUUCUUUGUGGUUUGGUGCGAACAUAUCAUAUUGAUGAAGUCCUCACCAAAAAUGCCCACGAUGAAAAGAUGCUCCAAUCACAGAAUGAACACAUGGAGUGGUGGGUUGGUUUCCCGGUAAGACAUUCUUCUCACUUGUGUUUACAAACGUUGUUUUAACUCUUCCAAAAUUUGUACAUCUCUUUCGCGUCUGCUAAGACUUCGAGUGCCGGUAAUAACUUGCACAUCUUCGAUAGUAGUGUAGUAGUUUUAUACAUGAGCGUCACUGUGUAUUGUGCUUUUGUACAGUAAAAAAUAAACAUCAUAAAAUGUGUUUAAAAUCAUUAAAAUGGCUAGUCAAUUGAUGGACAAACACAGUGUACCCAAUUUCCGGUGUUUGUGAUACUUUAAAAAGGUUUCAAAUAACAAUAUCAAUAAAUGUGUUUGAUAUUUUAUUUCCAUAUUAAAGCUUGGUUGAAAACAUAUAUGGUCAUAUAAGAUUAAAAGCCAUGUAAACGAGUUGGGCGCUCGAAGACGAAGUGAAAUUCUGAAAUUGUUGUCAAAAUUUAGAGAUUUAUAUAUACUGCUUAUAAAUCCUUAUCUAACUGCUGUACUGACAUGCUCUUGGUGAUUUUUAAGAUUUUUUUCAUUGUUGACUUCAGUUCAUGGCUUAAAUUUAGGGACCGUUCAUUAUUUAUACCCGGGGUUGGUACCGAAGAGAAGCAAAAAACACUGUAAAUUUUCUAUUUAACCAACCUCAACAUUGGUCAAAAUAAUGUUUACCCAACCCAUGUGUUACUGUACUUCAUAAUAAUUAAACACACAAGAUUACGGUGACAGAAAUCAAGUUGCCUAAAUUCUAAAAGCUCACAAACUCACUGAGUGUGCCAAAGCAAUCACAUUCCUGCUGAUCAAUGAAAUAGUCCUUCCCCAAUCACUGAUUGUCUAUUUUGGUACAGAAUGUAUUGUACACAUUUUUCUUCAUAUAUUCCAAUGCAUGGUAAUUUUGGUUUUAUUUUAUAGCUGACAGACAGCCAUAAAUAUUUUUACCCAUCCCAUGAGCUAGUCAAAAACUUGAUUACCCAACCCAUAUCUCUUCGGUACCAACCCCGGGUAUAAAUAAUGAACGGUCCUUAGUGUACGCGUAUCGCUAUAGACUACUUGUAUAUCUUCGAUAGUGGUGUGCUAGUUUUAUACAUAUGACCGUCAUUAUAGAUUAGUCUAUAUAUUGUGUUUCUGUGCAGUAAAUAGACGGACAUAUUGUGGAACAACAUAAAAUGUACCUAAAAUAUUAAAACGGUGUGUUUAGUCAAUUGAUGGACAAACAAUAGUAUACCCAAUUUCAUGUGUCUGUGAUACUUCCAAAAGGUUUCAAAUAACAAUGUCAAUGACAUUUUUAAAACUCACGGUAACGAGAAACCACUUUUGUUUUAGCCCCAUAUUAAACUUUUGUAAUUGAUCAUGAGGUGAAAAUAUAUAUAUAUAUAUGACCGUAUAAGAUUAAUAAAAAUGUGUAUAAAGUAAAGACGUCCAAAUCCUAGCAAACAUUGAUUUGUUGUUUUUGUAGUUAAUCGCGUGUUCAAUUCUGGCAGUGUGUGCUGUGCUGUAUGAUCGACCAUUAGGG